GUUAUAUAAACAAGGGAAGAACAAAAGAAAACCACUCAUUUCCUCCUCAAGAAGCCCUCUUUGGCUAUGGCUGCCGAUGUUAGCUCUUUACAUAGAGUUUUAAGCGGGCACAAGGAUGAUCGAACGGCGAGAAACGAAUCGGGUGGAGCAAAAUCAACGGCUUUGAUCACCAUAGACUUUCUCAGAGUCGGAGGCGGAGGCGGUGGCUCCGCCUUGAUCGAUAUGGAAACUGAUCAAUCAGAAGAACUUGACCUUGACCUUCAAGUCCCUGAUGGAUGGGAAAAGCGCCUAGACUUGAAGUCAGGCAAGGUGUACUUGCAAAGAUGCAAUUCAUCAAAUUCUUCACAAUCAUCGGAUGGAACCAAACACCAAAACAAUCAAACAGUGUCAAAGCUUCAAGAUUUGAACAUCCCACCGUCGCCCUCUAAACCUUUGUUAAACCUUCUCGACGAGACCAACUUAGAACUGAAACUAGUCCCACCAUCCCCUACCGAUUAUCAAAGUGUGUGUACACUCGACAAAAUAAAAUUCGCGCUCGAAAGGGCAGAGAAGAAUCCAAUCAAAAAGCGACCGUCUUCGUCGUCGUUGUGGAAGUCAUCCUUGUCUCCUCCUUGUUCUUCAUCAUCAUCUUCGAUCAAAGAUUCACAGUACGGUGUCGGUGAACAAGAGAGGUUGUUCGCAUCGCCGGUUGCAGCCGGCUGCCCCGGAUGCUUAUCGUAUGUGAUGGUAAUGAAACAUAACCCUAGAUGUCCUAGGUGCAAUACCGUUGUUCCCAUGCCAGCUUCCAAGAAGCCUCGCCUUGAUCUCAAUAUAUCAAUCCGAGGGGGGCGGGGGAAUUGAAGUAUAUAGAUAAUU